ACCCUUUUAUGUUUGUAGCGAACAACCUUGAUACAGCGAAGAAGACAUCAUGGCUCAAACUGUCUGAUAGCUUUGAGUCGGCAAAUGUUUUUGUUUAAAUUGCAUCGUUCAGGUUAACCACGAUCAGUUGAAUGAGACCGAAUAAAUAUACUGCUCUAAGCUAGGUGAUGUCACCCUCUUAACCUGCAGUGAAUUUAGUUUUGACUUGUGCCUGUUGGUCAAGAUGAAUCGUCCUAAGCCUACGACUCUCAGGCGCCCCAGUGCUGCAAAACCAUCAGGUCACCCUCCACCAGGAGAUUUCAUCGCUCUCGGAUCAAAGAGCCAGGGUGGAGAACCCAAAGCCCCCGCUGUCCUCCUGAAGCCAGCGUCCACAGGUUUACCUGCUGACCGUAAGAGAGAGACUUCCUCCACUCUGCCCUCCUCAUCGGGUCUGUCCAGCCUCGCCAAGCGGCCCAAACUAUCCACCACUCCUCCAGUGAGUGCUCUGGGACGACUCGCUGAUGUUGCAGCUGUGGACAAGAGAGCAAUAUCACCCUCUAUAAAGGAGCCAUCAGUGGUACCUAUUGAAGUGUCACCGGCAGUGCUGCUGGAUGAGAUUGAAGCUGCGGAGGCUGAAGGAAAUGAUGAUCGCAUUGAGGGAUUGCUGUGUGGAGCAGUGAAACAACUCAAGAUGAACCGAGCCAAGCCUGACAUAACACUGUACCUCAGUCUCAUGUUCCUGGCCAAAAUCAAGCCCAAUGUUUUUGCUACUGAAGGAAUUAUUGAGGCCUUGUGCAGCCUCCUGCGCCGUGAUGCUUCGAUCAACUUUAAAGCAAAGGGGAACAGCCUUGUGUCUGUUCUUGCUUGCAAUCUGCUGAUGGCAGCCUACGAGGAGGACGAGAACUGGCCAGAGAUCUUUGUUAAAGUGUACAUUGAGGACUCUCUGGGCGAAAGAAUCUGGGUGGACAGCUCUCACUGUAAGAAUUUUGUUGACAACAUCCAGACUGCUUUUGGGACAAAGAUGCCCCCUAAGAGUAUGCUUCUGCAGGCUGACACCAGCCGCUCUGGUGGAGAUCUCAGUGCAGGUAGCAGCCCUCAUCCCUCAACCCCCGAUGAGGACGACAGCCAUACUGAAUUGCUGAUAGCAGAGGAGAAACUCAGCCCUGAGGAUGAUGGGCAGGUUAUGCCAAGGUAUGAUGAACUGGCAGAGAGCGUGGAGGACUAUGUGCUUGACGUCCUCAGGGAUCAGUUGAACCGCAGGCAGCCGAUGGACAACGUGUCCCGAAACCUGUUGCGUCUGCUCACAGCCACAUGUGGCUUCAAAGAGGCACGGCUAAUGGCUGUGCAGAGGCUGGAGAUGUGGCUCCAGAAUCCAAAACUGACUCGACCAGCUCAAGACCUCCUCAUGUCUUUGUGUAUGAACUGCAACAGCCACGGAGCAGAUGACAUGGAAGUGGUCUCCAACCUGAUCAAGAUCCGACUCAAACCUAAAGUCCUCCUCAACCACUACAUGCUGUGUGUCAGGGAGCUGCUCAAUGCACACAGAGACAACCUGGGCACUAUGGUGAAGCUGGUGAUCUUCAAUGAGCUGUCCAAUGCCAGGAAUCCUAACAACAUGCAAGUCCUCCACACAGUGCUGCAGCACAGCCCAGAACAGGCUCCAAAGUUCUUGGCGAUGGUGUUCCAGGACCUGCUAACCAAUAAAGAUGACUACCUCCGUGCCUCCCGGGCCUUGCUGAGAGAAAUCAUCAAACAGACCAAGCAUGAGAUUAACUUCCAGUCCUUUUGCUUUGGUUUAAUGCAGGAGAGAAAGGAGGCCACCUAUGUGGACAUGGAGUUCAAAGAGCGUUUUGUUAUCCAGGUGACAGAUUUACUGACUGUCUCCAUGAUGUUGGGCAUUACCGCUCAGGUCAAAGAAGCUGGCAUUGCGUGGGACAAAGGAGAAAAGAAGAAUCUGGAGGUCCUGAGAUCAUUUCAGAGUCAGAUAGCUGCCAUCCAGAGAGACGCUGUGUGGUGGCUUCACACCGUGGUUCCUACCAUCAGCAAAGUUGGCGCAAAAGACUACGUUCAUUGCCUUCACAAAGUGCUUUUCACAGAGCAACCUGAGACAUAUUACAAGUGGGACAACUGGCCUCCAGAGAGUGACAGAAAUUUCUUCCUUCGCCUCUGCUCCGAGGUGCCUCUGUUGGAGGACACACUUAUGCGCAUUCUGGUGAUCGGGCUUUCACGAGAUUUGCCCCUGGGCCCAGCUGAUGCCAUGGAGCUUGCAGAUCACCUGGUUAAGAGGGCUGCUGGAGUUCAGUCUGAUGAGCUGACUGUUUAUCUGGAGGUCCUGAAAGUGGAGAGGAUCCAACUCAUUGAUGCAGUGCUGAAUCUGUGUACAUACCACCACCCAGAAAACAUUCAGCUGCCUGCAGGGUACCAACCGCCAAAUUUGGCAAUAUCCACACUGUAUUGGAAGGCAUGGCUGCUGCUGCUUGUGGUGGCUGCGUUUAAUCCUCAGAAAAUAGGUUUGGCUGCCUGGGAUGGCUAUCCUACACUGAAAAUGCUCAUGGAGAUGGUUAUGACAAAUAACUAUACCUACCCUCCAUGCACCGUUGCGGAUGAGGACACAAAGACGGAGAUGAUCAACAGGGAGCUGCAGAUCUCCCAGAGAGAGAAACAAGAGAUUCUGGCCUUUGAGAGCCACUUGGCAGCAGCCUCCACCAAACAGACCAUCACAGAGAGCAACAGCUUGCUGUUGUCUCAGCUUACCAGUCUGGAUCCACAGGGUCCUCCUCGUCGGCCUCCUCCUCAGGUCCAGGAGCAGGUAAAAAGCCUCAACCAGUCUCUGCGUCUGGGACAUCUCCUCUGCCGUAGCCGCAACCCAGACUUCCUUCUCAACAUCAUCCAGAGACAGGCUUCCUCUCAGUCAAUGCCGUGGUUGGCUGAUUUGGUCCAGUCCAGUGAAGGGUCCUUGGAUGUGCUUCCAGUGCAGUGCCUGUGUGAAUUCCUUCUGCAUGAUGCUGCGGAUGACAGUCUGCUAAUAGAGGAUGAUGAAGAGGGAGAGAGCAAAGAGCAGAAAGCCAAGAAGAGACAAAGACAACAAAAGCAAAGGCAGCUACUUGGGCGGCUCCAGGAUCUUUUGUUAGGUCCUAAGGCUGACGAACAGACAACAUGUGAAGUGCUGGACUACUUUCUGCGCCGUCUCAGCUCUUCUCAGGUGGCAUCGAGAGUGCUAGCCAUGAAGGGUUUGUCAUUGGUGCUGAGUGAAGGAGGCUUGAAAGAUGGAGAGGAGCGGGACCAGCCCAUGGAAGAAGACUCUGCAGAUGCUGAGCUCUUGCCAGGGUACCAAUGGCUGCUACAAGACCUCCCAAAGCUCCCCUUGUUUGACAGUGUCAGAGGCAUGACGUCCACCGCUCUGCAGCAGGCUAUUCACAUGGAGACAGACCCACAGACGAUCAGUGCCUAUCUCAUCUACCUAUCCCAGCAUGCACCAGUGGAGGAGCAGGCUUCUCAUAAUGACUUGGCUCUGGUAAUCACGGAUGUUGCCCGGCUAAUCGUUGAGCGUUCCACCAUCAUGAACAGCCUGUUCUCCAAGCAUUCCUGCAGGCCUGAGUCAAAUGCUGUGCUCAGUGCUUUCCUCACCAUCUUCUCUACAUACAUCAGGAGGAUGAGGAAAACCAAAGAGGGAGAGGAUCUUUACAGCUGGUCCGAAUCUCAGGACCAGGUGUUUCUGCGUUGGACCACGGGAGAGACUGCUACGAUGCACAUUCUUGUCGUCCAUGCCAUGGUUAUCCUGCUGACUCUGGGGCCACCCAAAGGAGAGAGUGAUUUCUAUGCUCUUUUGGACAUUUGGUUUCCCGACAAAAAACCUCUACCCACUGCCUUCCUGGUUGACACCUCAGAAGAGGCCCUUCUGCUGCCUGAUUGGUUGAAACUGAGGAUGAUCCGAUCAGAGGUUUCUCGAUUGGUUGAUGCAGCUUUGCAAGACCUGGAGCCUCAGCAGCUGCUGUUGUUUGUACAGUCCUUUGGCAUUCCAGUAUCCAGCAUGAGUAAACUGCUGCAGUACUUGGACCAGGCUGUCUCCCAUGAUCCACAGACACUGGAACAGAACAUCAUGGACAAACACUACAUGGCCCACCUGGUUGAAGUGCAGCAUGAGCGAGGUGCCACUGGGGGGCACACUUUCCAUGCCUUACUAAGCUCCUCUCUUCCUUCAGACAGAGAUUCUGCUGAAACAAGUAAGGCCAAAGUUACCGUGGAAACGCCCCACAGCUCUGUGAAGAUGAGAGGAGCCAGUCAGCUUCCUGUAGUCGGGCCUGACGAUGAUCUCGCUGGCAUGUUGCUUCAGAUAUUCCCCUUAAACGUGGACCCUCGCUGGCAUGGCCCCCCUCCCAGCCAGCUCUCUCUGGCCUUGCAGCAGGCCCUGGCUAAAGAGCUAAUGCGGGCCAAACAGGGCCAAAUUCAGCAGGGUGGGUUGGCAUUUCGGCUCCUACAAGCUAUUGCAGCCCUGCUCACCUCUGCUCACGCAGGACCUAUUGUUAUGUCAAUGCACCGCAGCCAUGCCCUCUCCUGUCCUCUCAUGCGCCAACUUCACCUUUACCAGCGUCUCGUGUCCCAGGACAUUGUGUUCUCUUCACUAUUCCUUAAGGUCAUUGUUGAGAUGUUAAUCUGGUUAGACAACCCAACUGUGGAGUCAGGACCAUUAAAGACUCUGCUCAAAUCCUUCGCUGGUCAGAACUCUCACAAACACAGGCACAAUGAUGUGCGUACAGGUUUCCUCCACCUGGCUGAGGCUUUGGCAUAUCAUAGAGAAACUGAAGUGCCACUGCGAGCCAUCAUUGCAAUGCUGAAAGCUGGAGACAGAUGUAAUGCAGAAGCAGAGCUCAUUGGAAAAGUGUUACAAGGGCUGAUGGAGGUGAGGUCGCCGUAUUUGGAGGAGCUACUGUCUCUGUUGAUGACUGUUGGUACACAGAACGGGACAGCUGGCCCUGUUGUCACUGUGAUUUCCUUGCUGCUUCAGGAAAGUGAGGAGAGAGCUGUGAAAAAGGAAGUGGAUUCUACCAACAGCUCUGAGGUGACAAAGUCAGGACUGAGCUCUGGGCUGCUGGUUGAUUGGCUGGAGCAUCUUGACCCUGAGGUCACUUCAGUGUGUCCAGACCUUCAACAGAAACUGCUGUUCGCCCUCAACAAGGCACGCGGAACCCCUGCCUACAGACCUUAUCUUUUGGCCUUGCUUACACAUCAGUCAAACUGGUCCACCCUCCUGCAGUGUAUCAGUGCUCUUCUUGGCAAGCGGAGAGACUACAAACUUGACCCAUCAUCAGCCCUGGAUUUCCUGUGGGCGUGCAGCCACAUCCCGCGUAUCUGGCAAGGGCGCGAUCAGAAGAUCCCUCAAAAGAAAACGGAAAAGUUUGUGCUACGACUCAGUUCGGAGGAGCUCAUCAGCCUGGUCGACCUGAUCUUGUCAGAGUCAGAGCUCAACAGUCGCGACUCACCCCAUGAUGACAAAAGCAGCUUGGACCAGGCUUCCUGCUCCCUCAUCCAAUCCAGGCUACCCCUCCUUCACUCCUACUGCAGUGGAGAUCUAGAAAACAUCAAGAAAGUCUCAGAGUACCUCAUCAACUGCACAAAGAAGUGGGAGGACAGUGCGAUGAGUAAGCGGUGCCAGAACUUGCUGCUUCAGAUCUAUCUGCACUUCCCUGAGGUCAUCCAGCACGUUACCCUGCCUGAAGGCACCCUCAGCAGUGGGGGAGCUGCAUAUGGCAGCAGCUGCAAGCUUGAUGUCCUGGUGCAUCGCCUGGUCACACUGCUUGCUGAUAUAGGAGACUCAAAGUCUGCUGAGAGCCGUGUGUCUGAUGCCAACCUUGCAUGUAGGAAGCUGGCUGUGUCGCACCCUGUCCUUUUGCUCAGACACCUGCCAAUGAUUGCAGGUCUCUUACAUGGUCGAGUUCACCUAAACAUGCAGGAGUUUAGGCAGCAAAACCACAUGACGUUCUUUAGCAAUGCGCUCACCAUCCUGGAGCUGCUGCAGCCGCUUGUUUUCCACAGCGACCACCAGAGGGCGCUUCAAGACUGCCUUCUGUCCUUUAUGAAGGUCCUUAAGAACUUUCAGAGGACUCGUUAUCCGUUGGUCUUCAUCAACAAGUUUUUACAGUUCACACAGAAGUACAUCACUCACGAUGCAGCAGCCGCCAUUCCUUAUUUACAGAAGCACUCUGACAUCUUGCAGGUGCUGUGUGCAGAAAACCCAGACCUGGUUCAACUGAAAUCUCUGCUGGCUGGACUCACUUUGCCAGUGAGAAGUUCUUCUACAGAGGUUGCGCCAGAAGAGAGAGAUGACGACUUGGCCACUGGUUCCCUGCCGCUAGUCAACAUAUCUGCCUCAGUUUCACUGAGUGCGACUGACAUGACAAUGUACCUGAAAAAGAUGUCGAGAGGAGAGGCAGUCGAGGAUGUGUUGGAAGUGUUGACAGAGGUGGAUGAGAAGUCGAGGAGGAGCCCAGAGAUCAUACAGUACUUCAUUAAUGAUCUGCAGAGACUCAUGACUUCCUCUGAGGAGUUGUGUCGGAACAUGGCCUUCACUCUGGCCCUGCGCUGCAUCCAGAAUAAUCCCUGCUUGGCAACAGACUUCCUGCCAACUUUCAUGUACUGUAUGGGUAGUGGUAACUUCGACGUGGUACAGACUGCUCUCAGGAAUCUUCCAGAAUAUGUGCUUCUCUGUCAAGAACACGCAGACCUCUUGCUCCACAAGGCGUUUUUAGUGGGUAUCUACGGACAAAUUGACACCAGUUCAAUGAUCUCAGAGUCUAUGAAGGUCCUUCACAUGGAAGCAACAACAUAACAACAAAGUGUGCAACGCCACAUCCGAUUGGAAAAUAGUGAGAUUAAUUUUCAGCAUUCCAGAGCUUUUUAUUGCCUUUAGUUCAAACAUUGCUCUAAUUUGAUCGUGACAGAUUAACAAAUUCUCUGGCUCUUCAGUGGUACAGAAUAAAGGAUCCUCCAGUGAGCUGGUAGCUACCAGUAAUAUAAUAACUUAUGGAUAAUUUAGAGACUUCAAAGAAUGCAUUAAAAUUCCUUCUAAAUUAGUUGAAAAUGUCAUAAUUAAAACUGGAAAAUUCCUGUUAUUCUAAUAAUGCCACAAUUAGUGCAUUCAGUCAUUUUUAACUGAUGAUGUAAUGAUACAUUAACCAGUAAUGAAAAAGAUAGCAAGAACUGGAAUAUUAUUAGGUGGUGUUAUUAUAUAAUCAGUUAAAAACAACACAGCAUAUAUGAAACUGGAGUUAAUACUUAAAUGAAUAUUAUAAAAUAAUAAAUAUUAUAAUAUUAUUUGUAAUGGUUUAAUUAAAUUUAAACAACUGUUUUUAUUGCAUUUUCAGACAUUUUAGAGGGAGUUUUUGCACUUCUGCAGCUAUAUUACUAACAGAUACAUUAUUACAAAUUAUGGAGCCCAAUAUUUGGAAAAUAGCACACUAGUUUUGGCUUGAUAUUUUUUUAUGAAAUAUCAACAUUAUAUAAAAGCAGACUGUAUGCUUCAUUAGUAGUUGUUUUUAAUGAACAUGUAAAAAAAAGCUAAAUGUUUUUCAUCCCCCAUCCAGUGUUGUAUCAGUGUGGUAGCAAUUUUCCUAAAAUUUUUCUCAAAAUUUUGAGUGUCCAAAAUCUAGGUCAUUUCUUUUGAUGUCACAAUGCUAUACUGUUACCUGAACACCAUCUGUGAGCCACCUUGAUGUGAACUGAAUAAAAUAAUUUUUGGAAUAUG